AUGAGGCGACCGUUGUGGCGGUUAUCGGAUUACGUCAUCGGGGGCCGGCUGUACAAGGGCGACGUGUCGUCCGUGUACAAGGCUGUGUGCCAACGUAGCGGAUAUAAAGUGGUACUCAAGGUGUACUCCCUGCCCCGCGUGGCUGAGAAUGCCGCACAUACGCUCGUACGGGAGAUACGCAUACAUACGGAGCUGGAGCACGACAACAUCCUGGCCUUGUACGGCGUGUUCGAGGAGGAUGAUCGUCUGGUGCUGGUUUUGGAGCGGGCGAUGCGGGGAGAUCUCUUCCGCCUGCACCGCAGCCUGCCGUACUGCCGUAUGAAUGAGGACCAGCUGCGGGUGCUGGUGCUGGCACCGCUACUUGAUGCCCUGUCGUACUUGCACAGCAAGGGUGUGUGCCACAGAGACAUCAAGCCCGAGAACCUGCUCCUCACCGCGAACUGGCAGCUGCGAAUGGCGGACUUCGGAGCCGCCAUCAAUCUGGUGCAUGAGCGGGCAGUCACUCGUACGGGAACAAGUGCGUGGCGUGAUGACGACCCGGAGCUGGCCUACUCCACCGCCGCGGACGUGUGGAGCGUGGGGGUUUUGUCGUACGAGAUGCUGGUGGGCUUCCCGCCCUUCAUCAACAACAACUACAACAGCGGCGACUUCAGCGGACAUGGAGGAGCCGCAGGAGGCAGCAGUGGUGGUGGUGGUGGUGGCGGUGGUCGGCCCUCCCCCCGGGAGCUGUGUUUUCCGCAUUUCGUGUCGGCGGGGGGCCGGGACUUCAUCAGCUGCGCCCUGGCGGAGCGUCCCGGCGACCGACCCACUGCCGUACAGCUGUUACGACACCCCUGGCUGAAACACGCGGUUAGACAGCACCAGGCGCGUAAGAACAGCAACAAUAGCAACAACAACGGUGGUGGCCAAUAA